AUGUACCUGUACAGAGGGGCGGAUUUUCGGCCCGCGGCUUUUCACACUUUCCAGGUCUUAAACGAUACAUGGUGUCUUCUUCACCAACGCGACCACUUAUCAUGUAUAUCUCAAGCAGCCUGUGCUCACAUUUCACAAUUUCAAAACGAACUUUCAUCGAUCAGGAAUGGAACAUCCAGUGCUCUAGGUCUACCGGUUUAUUGGAACGUCAGCGUACCAUGGCUUCCUUGGACUCCUUCGAACGAUUCUCUUCCUUCAGCCGCCGCCCUACCUGAACUCCAAUUGGAGCUUGCGGAGGCUCACCAGUGCAUACGGACUUUACUUUCGCUCUACCCUGAGUACCAAGGCCCGAAGCCAAACAUCACCGCUGCGACGUCUUCCGUCCUGGAAAUCCGGCAGUCAUUCAUUGAUUGCGUUGCAUUUUUACGUUGGUGGAUGGCUUGGAUGCCCGAGUCUCUGGACUCGAAGAAUCGUCCAGUGAAGACGAACAUCCAAAAGUUAGUUCUUAAAUGGCAGUUGGAAUCCUUCCCCAGUGUAGGAGUUGUCGUGGAUUUGGUUCGAGAUUGGCAGACGGCCAACCUGCCUCUUUGGAUCGAGAAAGGCAUGCGAGUCUACUACCAAUGGUCUCCAUCAGCCUCUGAAAACCCCCGUUUCCGUCACUUAUCGCCAGCGUUACUCUCACAGCCUAGCAAAGGACAAGGGUUCUCACUUCCUUAUGAUGGAUACUUCCAAGACAAAUCCUUGACAUUGCCAGCUCAUAACGGUGCCGUAGCCCAGAGCAUGCCACGGUCAGAUAACUACGUCAUUGACUUUGAAGGUUGGAAACGGCGGCCGAUAAGCAAAGCCAAGGCUCAAGAGUAUUUUCGUUAUAUGCCCUUUUUCAAGAUCGAUACACCGAAGGGUGAACGUGUUGUCUUUUCAAGGUGGAGGCCACGAUCCAGGCCGUCAUGCUCUGACGACUCUGACUCUGAAGAUUCGGAAGAUUGCGAUCCUAUGGAGUCUGAAGGCCUCAUCCGAGAAAUGUUCGCGUGGAACUAUCGACCUCUCCAAGGAAAUCCAUAUGACCUACUCACAGGUGGGGAUUCGAUACCCACUUUGAACUUACCACGAUCGCCAUUCACAUCUUCGGCCAGAACCACUCAUAAUAGCAAACCCUACGAUAGGCCUCUCACGGGACAAUUACAAAACAGGACACCCAGAAAUCAACAUUCUCGCGACCACGUUGGUAUUCAUGCCGACCUUACCACCCACCCAAUAUACCCACAUCCUGUUUUAUCAGAAGGGAGUUCAUCACGUUAUCGAAAUGUUCCUCCCCUAGCAAAAACGUUGAGGAAGCCAGAAGUACUGAACAGCCCGCCCACCAGUAGCUUGGUUGGUAUUCAUGCCGACCUUACCACCCACCCAUCAUGCCCACAUCCUGUUUUAUCAGAAGGGAGUUCAUCACGUUAUCGAAAUGUUCCUCUCGUAGAAAAAACGUCGAGGAAGCCAGAAGUACUGAACAACCCGCUCUCCAGUAGCUUGCCAGUUACGAACUUCCAGUCACAAAAAGCAACAUGGUCAAAUGAAGCUCAUUACACACCAGGACCCAGAAAACGUCUGACCUUCGCCGAGUACGUGGCUCGAAAAAAGUUACGAACCGAUUGGGACCCGAUAAAUGAAGUUCGUUUUGACCGGCUUAAUAACGAUUGCUUGCAUGAAGUGACAAUCAUUGACGCGGAAGACCAUAAAAUGGAACUCGACACGGAGAUGCCCAACAAUGCCAAUGAUACAUCACGCCAGAAGCCUCCGGAUUCUAUGGAUGUGGACAAUGUUGACCAUCUGUCUGCUGACCUGCACGGAGAAGACGAUGAAACCAUCUCUCUUGGCUCCGACGACGACGAUUGGGGCCGUUUCAGCAGUCUUAUUCACAAUGCCGAGGCUCGAAUAGAAAACAUACCAAGCUCAGGGCGACAAGUAAAUGUUGAAUGUCUCUUGCUGGAGGUCGAUCCAUUAGCAUCGUCCACCUUUUCAUCGAUAUUUCCUCCAUCGAAUAUGGACAACAACAAUCAUCUUGAUCUGCUUGAAGACAAAGAAUCAAUUUCUCUUGGGUCACAAGGCGGCAACCGCAGCCACCCCACCAGUCAUGACGCUCUUCCAAAAGACGAUCAGACUCGAGUCGAAGUCAACCUAAGCCCAGCGUGUGCUAGACUCUCUUUACCAGAGGUUGCCAGGCCCGUUUUGUCAGUUCCCUUAUCAAAUAAUUGGUCAACCCUUUCGCGUUUCCAGCCGUAUACCCAAAGCUUCCCCGCCUUCCGUUUUGAUCGAGGAGAGUUGAACUGGGACGCGGAACUGCUACACUCGGGACACCUCUUCUUUCCAAAUCACGAUAAGGAGGAAGGCAAAUCUGUAGAAGUUCGCAUUAGGUGUGCCCUUGCGGCCCACCCUGGCUGGACUCAGGAAGAUGUAAUGGACUUCGCCGUCGCACAUUGCCUACCGUUUCGCGUGAUGGCUCCUGUCUCGCGGAUGUCUGGAAUCGUAUCCGCUGAAUCCAGCAUUCCCGAUAUUGAUCAUGAAAACCCCCAGGAGGUCGUCCGCCGUUGGAAAGCUGGCUUGGCCGACUUCUUUAAGCGCCGCCAUUCCCGAGCCCUCCUGUUUCUUGGUGGGAUAGAAACCAGGCUAGCCUUGAUGGUUGGUGGUUUAGACUUUGUCGGUUCUGCAAUGCAGGGCGCGGAUUUGACAGGCCCCCGAUGUACUGAAGAGAGGGACGGACAAGUAUUCAUAGACGAUGCAGUAACAGCCGACGAAGUCAAUUUACUCCUAGGAUGUAUUACUCCGGCUCCAGCCAAUCGUCGAAAGGUCGUCCGAUCGCUUUGGCCCAGUUCGGCACAGCUUAAAUCAAAAUUCUCCGAACACUUCACUGGCGAUUGGAACAGCCCCUGCGAGGAUUUAUUCCAAGCAAUAUGGCGAGAAGUAAACGGGCAAAAGCCGAAGCUUCGUAACAUCACUCAAUGGCGAACAUUUUUUAAACACGGAGGAAGGACAAAUUCGACGUCCCCCUCCCUUGAACAAUCUGCUUGGAGGGAGGCGCAUGAGGUGUUGAUAGAGGAGGUCGAGUGGCAUGGGAUGCGAAUGUCAGAUUUAUUCCCGCAGAUUACCGUACAUUCUGCAACCUGA